CGAUCGUCCGCCAGUCGGCAGUCUGUGGCACGACUUCGUAACGUUCGCACGCGUUUUUCCCACUGCUGCGCUCUCCGGUUUUGGGUGGUCCUGGAGUGAGUUUUGUGUCCUCAAGGAGAGACCGGUGCCGACGUGUUGAAAUUCGGUUCGGUUGGAUGGUUCGAAUUCAAAACACGUGUUCUGAAGGGGUGUCGAGCGGAGAAGAAUCUUGAUCUUUGAAGUGUGACUUGAGAAGAGGGCAGGGUAAACGAAGAAGACGGGGUUUUCAAGGAUUUAAAGUGACCACAAAGGGAAGUGUGUCCGGAACAAGAUUUAGUGUGGUUUCUUGUGCUGGUGCCUCGCCGUUGGGAUACGGAAACUUUCUGGCGAAAAAGGAUAACGCAGAUCGUCUCGACGGCUGGUAGCAGGCUCAACGGAAUAAAACCAACGAGAACAAAAAGUGCGAAAAAAAAGAAAAGUGAUCAUCAAUUUUUAAACUGCGUGGAGUUCUCAACCAGAUGAAUGUGUUUGCAAACGUGCACGCUGGCGGCCCAAAUCGAGACUAGAUUUUUUGUUUUAAUCUUAUCGUCAGCAAACGUACAAUGACUGCAAAGAAGGAUAAAGACUACAAGGGGCACAAACAAGGAAGUGAACUCAGUGCAACCGCUCUAUCGUCCAAGCUUGACGCGCACCUCCAGAACGGAGUAACGGCCGCCGGUUUAAUCACAUCUCAGGACCCGCUCAAGCGCACCAACAAACCGCUGAUGGAGAAACGACGGCGCGCUCGAAUCAACCAAAGCCUGGCCAUCCUGAAGGCCCUCAUCCUGGAGUCCACGGUCAAGACCAAAGCCGGCGAUGGCCAGAGCAAGCACUCAAAACUUGAAAAGGCCGAUAUUUUGGAGCUGACGGUGCGACACUUCCAGCGGCACCGAAAUCUGGACAAUCCUGCCAUCGACAAGUACCGCGCCGGGUACACGGACUGCGCCCGGGAGGUGGCCCGCUAUCUGGCCACUCCGGAACCACCGCCACUGCCCAGCGUACCCACGUUGACGGACGCUGGCUCGAAGGCACGCCUGUUGCGCCACCUGGACAAUUGUAUCGCCGAAAUUGACACCGAAAUUUGUCCUAAAGUCAACGGGUCUACAGGCAGUGAUAGCAUUAAGGUGGAGAGUAUGUACGAUACGACACCGCACAAGAAGACGAAGGAUAUCUUGGAUUUUGGUGGGGGUAUUGGUGGUGUGGGACAGGACUCGAACCCGUUGGAUUUUAGCAAAACGAACCGGGAAAUUGGGCGGUCUCCGUUUGCGGCGUACCGAAGUCCGACGGCGGAGAUGGCACUGCUGACGCCGACGGCAAAGUCGCACCACCAGGACGAAAACAACAACCGUGGCCACCGAACAAAAUCCCUUCACUCACCCCAACCGCUCGUCCCCUCUCACCACCUGGACGACCUUGGCUCGCACGGCUCCGACCUCGGUGGUGGCCUGUCAAGCGCACCCGGGAGCAGUGCAAGUGUGUCCCCGUUCGCGAACCACGUGUCGUUGAACAAGCUCAUGUCACUGAGUCAGCAGCAGAAGCUGAUCGACAUGACGAACCUGAAGAACUGCCGGAUAGACCAGGGCUUGGUCAAGCAGGAGCCGGGUCUGCUGAUGAACGGGUUCGCCACGGCAUCACCGGCGAUAUCCUCGCCGACACCUUCGUCGGGGAUUCUGGAAUCCGACAAGGACGUUUCCAACCACUCUGAACACGUACCUCCUCCUCCGUACCCACCUCAAGGUCAGAUGGCGCUUCUGAUCCCAGAUCACUAUCUUCAGCUGGCCACGGCCCUUGGCCUCAGCACCCAACCCAUGAUCGAGCCACAUCCCAGCAGUGCCCACCCCGCAACGGACUUUGAAACGUUGAUCGAGCAAAACCGACGCCAGGCGGCACUCCACGAGAAGCUGACCGCGGACAUCAUGGCCAACCUGCAGCACACACUCCCGGAAAACGUGGACGAAAACUACUGGGAGCUGUACAAGAAAUCGCUCGGCAUUCCGGACUCGAUCAGCAAGAUGACUCUCGAGGACGUCCGAGCCCUGAUGGCACGAUCCGCUGUACCCAAAGCCCCAACCCCUCAACCACCUCCUCCCCAAGUCCAGCAACCAUCAUCUAGUACGGUCAGCAAAAUGGAAGUCGAUGAACCAGUUGACGAGCAGCCACCCCCGGUACUCGAUUCCGAGGACAUCCCCGAACAACACGAGGACCCCUCUAGUCACAGCAGCGUCAAGAAGGAACUCCCAAACCCGGGUAGUCCGUCGGAAGAUCGUCACCAACGCGAACCAGAAGACAGCAAGUGCGCGAUAGCUCCGGGUACCUCGUACGAGAACGUCUCCUCCAACGAGGCCACCUCGCACGAGCACCACAACGACGGUUCCAGUGACGACAGCAUGUGGAGGCCCUGGUAGAAGGUGAUCGGGAGCGAAUCGCGCUAGACAAUUGUAAAUACAACUCCAAACUGUGCAAUACCUAGGAUGUAAGGAAAUUCCCCCCAUAAACUGUUCCCUGAAGCUCGAGUGAUUACUGUUAGAGUAGCUAUGGAUGAACGAGGACACACAGCUUUAUAAACACUCACCCACAAACCUUGCCACAGACAAAUAGAGAAACCAGUGAACGCGCACACACACGCACGCAUGUGUGCCAAUGUAUUUAAGAUUCUGUCAGCAGCUGAGAUUCCGAGAUCAUCCGCUUGCAAACAUUCGGAAAACGCAGAACAAAACUAAAGAUAUUAAAUUGAAACUUGUAUGCUUUGAGUGACGCAAAUAUCUAUGUUAUGACACAAUUUGGCAAAACUCAAAAAAAAAAAAAAGAAAAUAGAUCAAUUCAAAAUUGAUAUGCAAUCAAACGUAUCUCGUUGUUAAAUGUUUCAGGAAAAUAGUAGAAACCCAGUAUUUGCUAACAUACAACACAUUAGCACACCACGUAACAGGAUUGCUAAAUGGUAGCGUGUAGUAAUAAAACUAUCUACUUUCAACAUUGUAA